AUGGGGGACCCUUUUAGUGUCGCUGCCUCAGCGCUAACUAUCAUCGCAGCCGCAAUCGGGGCGACAAAGGCGCUAAAUGAGACGGUGAAAAGCUACAAGGGCCGCGACAAGACCUUAGGCAGACUACAAGGUGGUCUUGAAGACCUUAUCACGACUUUGCACUCUCUACAGGAGAAAACUUCUAAACUUACUCACGGGGUUAUCGAGGAGUAUAGCGAGAUGAUCAAAGAUACGGCGUACCAUCUCGAGGUACGCCUUCAACGCAUCGAUGAGAAAAUGGAAGAUGUUGCCGCUGCGCACCGUACAACUUCCUCCAAGCUUCAGGAGUAA